AUGCGUUCCAAAUUCAAUCCAUUCCCGGCACCAAAGAAGGGCAACCCCCGUAUGGUCUUGAAACGCCCAGCUUCUCAGAAGACGAAGGCAAAGUCUUGGCAGAAUGUACCGUAUACAAGGGGUGCUGCGGAUGUUGGUCCGCGGGGUCUUCGCAUGGACCAGACAAAGUGGAAGAGGUCCUUGCCAGACAUCCUCCAUGCGACCGACAAGGGGAUCGUGCAGAUGUUGAUGCAGGAUGGCUUGUUGCCUGAUUGGCGUGGCAAAACUUGUCCUCGGUGUGAGAAGGGAAAGCUACGCGGUUGGGUGCAGAAGCCUGGUGACUCAUCCCCUAAGCUUCGCUGCAAUUCCAGGGGGUGCCAGGUCUACUUCAAUCCGCAUCACUUGCACCAUCUGUUUACAGAAGGUUAUGGUGUGGCAGGUAGCCCCUUGCAGACUCAGGCUGCCCUAUUACUUCUCAAAAUCAACAACAUUCCAAACUCCACCAUCCACAGGCUCAUGCAUGUGAAUCACAAGGCCAUCGAGGACUUGGACAAGCGAUUGGCUUUACUACGCAAGGAGUAUGUGGAGGAGAAGGAGAAAGAGAUUGUCUUCGGCAACGGAGCAGCGUGGCAGGAUGUCGAGGCAGACGAAACUACAUUCGACAAGAAGACUAUCACUGAUGUGUCAGAGCUGGGCAACACCAAGAAGCCAAUUGAGUGGGAACAAUGGUGUGGUAUUGUUCAGCGAGGGAAGCCGGAGUCGUUGGUCUUGCAUCGUCUGAAGCCUGUUCGUACAGAUGCACGUGCACCGGGACCCGGUGCAGUACGCAAAGUCGAGUGGCGUCCCCUUGCUGACCAUUGGCUGAAGAACAGAAAGGUUGUGUUGCACACGGGUUCUGCCAAGAGUUAUAGGGUCCGUGUUGCAGGGGUGUUGCACGAUCGAGUAGUCCAUUGCAAAAAACGCGUGAAAGUACGCGGCAAAUGGAAAUGGCAGGCGCCACGAUAUGUCAAAGUAGUGGAACACAAGCUUCCAGGCACAAAUAAAAAGAUCCGUGUGAAAGCUGGCACCCAAGUGAUUGACCGCUGCUGGCGUUUCUUAAAGGAGCGUCUCAGCCUUAAUCAAAAUACAAAAGCCGGGUCGAGCCUGCUGAGAUCCAAACUCCGAUCUGCUCAGUAUCAGUAUUGGUACAAAAAUGCAGACAUGUGGGUGGCGACCGGAUCUCUGUGCCAAUGGGCCGCAAAGCGCCUUAUGGGCAAGAAGAUCGGCAAGGCCAUGGGGAAAAGCAUUCGGCUGAGCAUCGUGGCGCUGCAUAGCGUGGAUGGCGUGCAUCAGCAGUUCAAGGAGCUGGUGAAGUUGGCUGAGGAGUUAGGCUCCGGCGCCGCUGGGUCAAAGUCCCAGAUGGAACUGGGAUGGUGCGGGGGUCUGAUGCGCCGAAACCAGGACUUGUUUUGGGAAGGUCCUCAGGCAGAUGUCACAUGCCACCAGCGAAUUCGCCAGGGUCUGAGUGCAGGAAAUGACUGGGUAACGUUGAGUUUCCAAUGGCCAGCCGGCUGCAAACGCUGUGCAGUUCUUUUGGCUUUGAACAUCGUCGCCUUGAACAUCGUCGUCAUCGUGUUCCAAAGGCCCUUUUUAUGUCAACAACUCUCAGCUAAGAGCCCAGGAUGGACAGGAAGGACGAUAAAUCGAACGAACCCAGUGAGCCGAGUGAGUCAACUUGAAAACGUUUCUGAUACUGUCACCGUACGAUCGGUCAACCCUGUUGAUUCCGAGAAGCGAUACUUCCAGUCUUGUUUACCACAGUAUUUCUUGGAUCAUUUGACUAAAGAGUUCUACAAUCUUGCGGUUCGGCGGAGGGAUGGCCUGGAUGUUUUUCUGGAGACCUACAUCUCCCUGUGGCCCACUGAUGGCCUAGUGAUGUUUGACAUCGGUGCAGGCUGCUACGCCAGUGGCUCAGACUCUGAUUCAACACUGGCCAUCAAGUUCGCCAAGCACUUCGGCUGCGCCAAGAAUCGAUUUUUCGCCUUUGAACCACAACCAGAUGUGUUCAUGAAAACCAUGCAAUGCUUGAACAAGGAGUUGUUUCCGGAUCGCUUUUGCGUCGCUUUGGAAAAUGCAGCAUUCUCAAACGUGACCUCACGUCUCCAACUGGCAGGGAAGGCCAAUGUCGCCUCUCUGACGGGACACCUAGCUGAGUCCGGUCAUAAGAAACAUCCGGCGAAAGCGGAUCGGGACUAUGCAAAAAGUAUGCAAGUGAUGGCCUGGGAUGUGGCCACCUAUGCUCGCUUGCAUAACCUGGCAAAGAUUGAUCUGCUGAAGAUUGACACAGAGGGACAUGAUUUCACAGUGGUGCAGGGUGCAUUGAGCAUGCUACGAGCCAAAGAGAUCAUGGUGGUGGUCAUGGAAGUGAGCGACAAGAUGAAUCCAGAUUUCUGGGGAGCUAGCUACCAAGGAGGAAAGCCUGUCUUCCACAGCAAGCACAUCGCAGAGCCCAACGUGAAAUCUGUGUGGCAAUUUAUGCUGAAUUUAAAUUACUUUGGUUUUUGGCUUGGAACCAAACGACUGGUGCCGCUUUCAGGGGCCUGCUGGGAUGAUCGUAUGGAAAUCUGCGGCGAUCCGCACGGAUACCUGAACAGCGGCAUUUGCUGGUUCGACAUUAUCUUCAUUCUGAACCAGGGCUAUGGGGCCAAAAUGAUCAACGAAAUCCUCAACUCGAAAUGA